AUCAUUGACAUCUCCCUCGUAAGGCUACCACAAAGGAGUAAUCGAUACGGACAUUUGGCAAGCUACACAGGUGACACAACAUAACUUACACAUAGACCCAUUCGUAUUACAACUAGUUGCUCCGAUCAAUGUAGUAGGUCUGGGCACCUAGUAUAAGUGUACUUCAAAAUAACGGUUUUAGAAAAGUGCUAAAACACCGGUUUCAGCUUACACGAAAACGCUAAGUGAAAAAAGGAUUAAAAUACAUGUCGUCUCAUAUCAGAUUCUCAUAAUAGGGUAAAACAGAUCUGGUAAAAACGAAGAACUCUACUAGCAAGAUGCAGUAUUGGUAUUGGAUGUUUAAGGACGAAACCUUAAUAAGGUUAAAUUCUUUAUACAUUAUCAGAUAAUCGGUACCUCGAAUGCCGAUUAGAUUCCAGAUGCUGGAUUAGAUAAGAAUAGAUACCUAGAUUCCUAAAACUAUCGCAUUGCAUUCUAACCUUUAACCUUCUCCUACCUCGUUUGUUUGUGGUGAUCUAAUCACUUCCUAUUCGUUCGACCGCUUGACAUGUCAUGGUUCCGUAAUGCAAUCCGCAGCAUGGCGUCCGAAAUGAAGAAGGUUCCCAUACCUCGCAACGGCGUCGACUACCGGGGCAAAAUCGUUCUUGCGCCGAUGGUUCGUUCGGGAGAGCUGCCCUCCCGACUCACGGCUCUACACUACGGCGCUGAUUUAGUAUGGGGCCCCGAGACGGUGGAUAGAUCCCUAAUCGGAACGACGAGGCGCUUCAACCCUGAGACUAAGACCAUCGAAUGGACGAGGAAGCCGUCGCAUGGCACCAAAACCCCACCAACCGACAUAAAAGAUAGCCUAAUCUUCCGAAUCCAUCCAGAGAAGGAAGGCAAUAAACUAAUCUUCCAAAUCGGCACCUCGAACGCAGACCUAGCCGUCCAGGCAGCACGGCUCGUCGCCGCCGACGUCGCGGGUAUCGACGUGAACGCCGGGUGCCCGAAGCCCUUCAGCACGCACGACGGCAUGGGCGCCGCUCUGCUGCGCACCCCCGACAAGUUAGUCGGCAUUUUAGAAGCGCUAGUCCAAAACAUCACGCCCGAGUUCGAGAUCGGGAUCAGUGUAAAAAUCCGGAUCCUGGAGACGGCAGCGGAGACGGAAGUGCUGGUUAGAAGACUCGUCGGGACGGGGAUAACAGGGCUAACAGUACACUGUCGAACGACUCCCAUGCGACCCAGGGAGCGCGCCAUCCGCGGCCAGCUACGCAUGGUCGCCGACGUAUGCCACGAAGCCGGCGUUGCAUGCCUAAUGAACGGGGACGUAGAAACCCGAGACCAAGCGCUCUCUCUAAUUCAAGAAUACGGCGUCGACGGGGCCAUGAUCGCGACACAAGCCGAGAAGAACCCCAGCUGCUUCCGAAGCGCAGCUGACGGGGGCAUAUUACCAUGGAACGAUGUCGUGGAGCAGUACAUCCGAUACGCGCUCGAGGUGGAGAACAAAUUCGGCAACACCAAAUUCCUACUCUGCCAGCUCGUCCCGGGAAAGCAGCCCGCGUACCGCAAUAUUAGCACCUGCAAGAGCUAUACCAAAGUGUGCGAGAUGCUUGGCUACGAGCACCUGAUGGAGCGGGCCCGCGAGGUCGAUAUCAACCUGGACAUUGAUCUGGACAACGCGGGAAAGAAAGACAAGAAGACCAACAACAGUGCGUUCGCCGCUGGAGGUAACAUGGCUGAGUCGCGAGCGAAGCCCCAAACUAAGAAGGGUUUGGCAGAACGGGGCGUAAACGCGCAGACAGAAGCGCGGUCGGCUGGGGCGACGCCGUUUGAAAAUAUAGCAGUGCCUGUUUAAGGUAGAUUGCGAAUUACAUCGUAGGAGUUGAUGGAAAUAGCAUUUAAAGGCGUUAAAAUAAGCAUAUACCUCCUUUUAGCUCUAGGGGUGAGGAGGUAGAGAGCAUUUGUGUACGUAAACAUCUACAGUUUCACGGUUUAGGUUAGGCUUGCGGGGGGGGGGGGGGGAUACAGGCUUAAUGAUACUUGGGAUGGCUAGGAAUAGGAACGCGCAUAGCAAGUUUAAGAGUCGUGAUGACGA